AUGAAUGAGAAUGUUGAUAUUCAGAAUUUGGGGGACUGGAUGAAUGGUAUACACCCCAACAUCAAGUUCACUUGGAAUACUAGUAGGGAGUCCGUGGACUAUCUGGACGUGACAGUAUACAAGAAGGAGGAUGGAACCUUGGCAGUAAAACCGUUUAAGAAGAGAACAGACAAGAAUUCACUACUUCAUUAUAGAUCAUUUCAUCCAGGACAUCUAAGGGCUAAUCUACCGUUGGGUCAGUUUUUACGACUAAAAAGAAAUUCCACCAGGGAGUCUGAUUAUAUUGCCCAAAGUAACAUCUUGCAGGAACAUCUUAAACAACGGGGAUACCCUGAUAGGGUUUUAAUUAAAGCCAGACUACGUGCUGAUGGAACAGCCAGGGAAGAUUUAAUUACACCAAAGGAACGAACAACAGGGGAACGAAUUGUGGGGGUCUUUGAUUAUAGCAAUAAAGCCAAUGCUAUUAGAAGGGCAAUUUUGAAACAUUGGCCACUUGUCAACGACAUCCCGGGCUGUGGGACCCCUCCUUUAGUAGCCUUUAGACGGACACGGAAUAUUAAAGAUCAGAUCAUACAUUCAGACUUGAACUAUGACAAUGACCCAAGGGGUACAGGACUACCAAGAGGUCUGUACAGAUGUGGUAGAUGUAAACAGUGCUCCCUAAUAAUGACCACAGAAGACUUGAAUCAACUAGGAAUUGAAACCACACAAGAAUUUGUUAACUGUGGCACGGAAGGAGUGGCUGUUUUAGCUGAUGGGUGGCAUGAUUUGGACAACACCGAUUAUGACUGUUGGCCCCUGGAAAAACCAGAUGAAUUUAACAUGGUGGACUGUGGAGGUCUAGAGAUGACUUGGGUACUGAGGCCGCCUGAAAAGAUCAUCAGUGGGGAGUCCUUCGAUGUCAUCUAUGCAGUCUUUGUGGCGGAUUACUUUUACCACUAUGCUGUGGAAAAUGGAAUCCUUUCCCACCGGUACAUAAGUAAUGCAAGUGCUGCUAAGAAGUUCUGUGAGGAACAGAAAUGCCCUCCCAACUGGAAAGAUGCGAAUGGGGAGAACUGCUGUGUCCAUCAUGCAAACAUACAUUCCUGUCCGUUGGCUUUCAUGGCCAAAGGUGGAAUUUGUGGUCCGUGGAUUCCAGAUGAUGGACAAAUAUUUACUCACACGAUAUCUACUGCAGGCAAAAUGUCACAGAGAAAUUGGACUGCCAAGGUGGUUCUGGUUCACGUGGGUGUGACCUCUCUCAUCGCACACAUCAGGGUUGGGAGAAUGCAAGCCGCUCUGGAAGCCCAAACAACAGUGCUCCCUGCAGUGGUCUGUGGGGAUGAUGUUUGUGAAGAGGAUGAGGGCUGUUCCACAUGUCCAGCGGAUUGUGGUGAAUGUCCUUUGACAACUCAUGCCAGGAUAGCGAUUGCCUUGCCAAUAUGUGUGGUCUGUACUGGUUUCAUUCUGACCAUUAUGUGGUUCCAGUAUCAGAAGCAAAAAAUGUUUUGGGAUGAAAGCUGGAUUAUAGAUUUCAACUGCAUCAAACAAGGGAUUGAACUCAAGACCAUUGGCAUGCAAGAAAUGUGCUCAGCCUUUGAGUUACCGUCUCUCCCCGGUGUAUGUGAUGGUAGAAUGGUUGCAAUCAAGAAAAUAAUGAAUAAGGCAUUUACUCUCACCAAGACCAUACGCAAAGAAGUCAAGCAAGUAAGAGAACUAGACCACCCCAACCUAUGUAAAUUCAUUGGAGGCUGUAUCGAGGUACCUAAUAUUGCCAUAAUAACUGAAUACUGCCCCAAAGGAAGUUUGAGUGAUGUACUUUUCAAUGAAGACAUCCCUUUAAAUUGGGGCUUUAGGUUUUCUUUUGCUACUGAUGUUGCCCAGGGAAUGGCCUAUCUUCACCAGCACAGGAUUUUUCACGGGCGGUUGAAGUCCAGUAACUGUGUCAUUGAUGACCGCUGGGUUUGUAAGAUUUCAGAUUAUGGUUUACGGUCAUACCAAAAACGGGAUUCAUUGGCGGAUUUCAGUUCUCCUCACCAGCACUUUGCACAGAUCUAUCUAGCUCCAGAGGCUCACUUGGUGCCAAAUUUUGAGCCAACUCCAGUUGCUGAUGUCUACAGCUACGCCAUCAUUUUAUUAGAAAUUGCAACAAGAACUGACCCUACAGUGGAUGAUACACAUUCAGAAGAAUAUCCCCGGUGUCUCCCUUUGGCAGAAUUAAUAUCGGAAAGAUCUCAGAAUGCCUGUCCAUGCCCUAUGGAAUACGUUGAGCUGAUCAAGAGGUGUAAAAAAAGCAACCCAGCACAAAGGCUGACUUUUGAGCAAGUUAAGAAGUUGUUGUAUAAGAUGAAUCCGAACAAAGUGAGCCCAGUGGACAUGAUGAUGACGUUGAUGGAGAAAUACAGCAAACAUCUGGAAGUAUUAGUAUCGGAAAGGACACAGGACUUAGUGCAUGAAAAGCAGAAGACGGAUCGCUUGUUAUACAGCAUGUUGCCAAAACAGGUAGCAGAUGAUUUAAGGCAAGGGAAGCCAUCGCAAGCUCAGAGUUAUCUCAAUGCGACCAUCUUUUUUAGUGACAUUGUGGGCUUCACCCAGCUUUCUAGCACUAGUACACCUUACCAAGUGGUUGACUUCCUAAACAAACUCUACACUGCCUUUGAUGAAAUCAUAGACAACUACGACGUCUACAAGGUGGAAACGAUAGGAGAUGCUUAUAUGGUUGUGUCGGGAAUACCUAAGGAGAAUGGAAUUCGUCAUGCAAGUGAAAUUGCAAGUAUGGCUCUCGACCUUGUCUCAGUGUGCAAGACGUUUAGAAUUCCACAUAAGCCCGAUACCCAGCUAAAGAUCCGAGCAGGAAUCCACUCAGGGCCAGUUGUAGCUGGUGUGGUGGGAACAAAAAUGCCACGGUAUUGCUUAUUUGGGGACACUGUCAACACCGCGUCUAGAAUGGAGUCUACCAGUGAAGCUCUCAAAAUACAGUGCAGUUCAAAUACAUACCAGCUGCUGGAACAGAUUGGAGAGUACAUAUUGAUGUGCCGAGGGAAUUUGCAAGUCAAGGGAAAAGGCGACAUGAUCACGUAUUGGCUGGAAGGGAAGAAGGCUAGUGCCAUUCAAAGGAAAGCCUUAAGUCCUUCCACCGCUGCUCAGUCUCCUAACCAAAAUGCUUUCCGGCUGAUCCCCGGUGUUGUAUAA